AUGAUAUUUCAGACACUGAUCUAAUUUAAAUCUGCAAAAUAUGGCCUUCUCCCUAAAGUCCCCUCUCAAAGCAUAGUGACCGCUGUUUUACAUGGGUAUAAAUGUCUUUUCACAAUGGGUGCACCCAUCUGAAACUGCUCAUCAUAUCAUUGUCCAGAGGUGAAUAAGCAAAAUUGCUAAACUCUUAUAGUGUUAGCUGCAUGCCAUGGCUGCAAGAUGGCUUUUUAACUUACUAGACAUGAACAGAAGCUUAGCAGUCCUAUCAAUGUCUCUCAUUGCAGCUCUUUCUAAUGCUGGGGAGAGAGAGAGAGUUCACUAUCUUCACUCACCCUCAUUUUUGCUUUCCCUUUAAAAAGGCAUGCAUUCUCUCUCUCCAUAACUGCCUUUUUUUGUUUAUUAUGCUUUACUGCUGCUAUCGGUCCACUUCUUAUUCAUAGCUUCAUAAGAGACUUUGAGCGGAAGAGAUUGAUGGACAUGAUGGCAGCUACCUGCAGUUUGUUGGGUUUUUCUUUGAAUUUACUUCUGUGAGAUCUAGUGGGUGUUGUGUAUCUACCAAUGGGGCUAGAUAUGGAGUUGGAUUUUGAGAAGAGCUGCUAUUCAGAUCUGAGUCCUAACACUGUUCUUCCAUGUCGACAUUUCUCAGAUGUUGAAAAGAAAAGCACUAACAGCAAACUUACACAUAAAGAUGAUUUGUUGACAGUAAAAGAAGGCUUCACAGAGAUUGUUUUUCAUCGUUACCAUAGUUCCUCCUGUAAGACUCCAUCUAGACCUGUCGUUCUAGAAGGAAAUGUUGAGUUGAAGCGAGGUUCCAUUUAUCAAAGCUCCAGAGAGGUAAGGAAAAUGAAGAAAACGGGAGUUAACGAGGGAAGGAGAAAAAUUGAAUUGUCGCGUGAUAGUGAUACUACUCUUUCCUUUAGCAUUGUGGACUCUUUGUGUUGUUCAGAUGAAGAGCAAACACAUAAGAGAUCUCCUGUUUUGUCAGUGAAAUCAAACUUGAAUCCAACAUCUGUUAGGAAGUCUAGCAUAGAACCUUGCUCAUCAGAUGGCUUCAUUGAAAUCUGUCCAAAUUUGGAUAAGAGGGAAAAACAAUCUGCUGGAACUGUAAGAAGUGAUUCAAGUGAGAAUCCAACUUUCAGAUGUGAGCAGGUUGUUGGUCCUCUAAAUGAUGCUAAUGACCUUCUUGAAGAAGAUAUGGCUCUGACAUUCCAUAAAUCGCUUUCUGCAAAGGUAGAAACGAACCAUUCACCUUCUCCUUCACAAAGCAAUUGCUCUUCUAGGGCCAGCUCAAAGUCCCGGUUUAGUCCCAUCAAAAAGAUGUUUGAUCCAUUUCUAAAAUCCAAGUCUUUAGGGAGUCCUUUGGGUUAUAUGGCAGAAUUUGGUGAUGACAAAACUACAGGGAUAUCAAAUGUGAGAAAGAAUCAGAUUAUGAGGAAAUCUUUGUUGCAUGACUUUGCAAAUACAGUUGGGAAAUCAGAUGUAGAUUCUCCGCUUGUCCAGAAAGAUCCCCAUCAAUCAACUGCGGCAUGUUCACCAGUUCACCUGCACGGUUGUCUCAAGUUGGAAAAUAAACAUGGGGUGCCAUAUUUCGAGUUCUCAUUGGAUAGCCCUGAAGAAGUUUUUGUGGCCAAGACAUGGAACGCAAAUAAUGCUGUUAAUUGGGUGUACACAUUUCAUUCAACUUGCAGUAGAAAGAAGAGAAGUGGCUGGAGUUUGACCGAUGGUAGCAAGGAGUCCUUGGUGGGGCAAAUGCAAGUUUCCUGCUAUUUAUGCUCAGAACUAAAAAAUGGUGGCAUAUUUGACAACUCUAUGGUUACAGAAUUUGUACUGUAUGACAUAGCCCAUGCAAGACAAAGUGUUUCUUCACAAGAUUCCCUUGAUAUUGGUAAACCUCCCAGUUGUUCUAAAUCAGGCUAUGGUGGUGGAACUUAUGAGUUGGACAAUGGCUCAGAUGCAAUGAAACUAAAACAUCAAACAAAGCGUGCUUCUGGUAUUAGCAACUUUGAUUCUUCAAAUCCUUAUCCAUUGCCAUCUGCAGUUUUACAUUCAGACCUUGAAAUUGCAGCUAUUGUCAUUCAACUCCCAUUUGCAAAGAGAGAAAGCCUGAAAUACAAAAGGAGGGGUAAGAGUAGUGAUAAACUGCAUUCAAAUCUACUAAACUAUUCUAUGUUUGAGCAAAGGAGAAAAGACUUCAUAGACAGAGAAAGUCCAGACAAGUUGAAUGUCGUAAUUCCAACUGGAAACCAUAGUUAUCCAAUUGAUGAAAGCUGGGGCCCUUCUUCUUUGCUUGAUAGAUGGAGAAAAGGUGGAGGCUGUGACUGUGGUGGAUGGGAUAUGGGCUGUCCGCUAACUGUUUUUGGCAGUCCUGGUAUCAGAUGUGCUGAAGAUGAACUGCUCAUGGAUAAUCAGCGGCCUUUGGAACUUUUUGUUCAGGGAACAAAACAGAAAAUUCCAGGGUUGACCAUGAGAAUUGUUGAAGAGGGACAAUAUGCAGUUGAUUUCCAUGCACAGCUAUCCACGUUACAAGCAUUUUCCGUUUGUGUAGCUGUAUUGCAUGGUGCAGAAGCCACCAGUGAUAUUGGGGAAGAAAGAAGCAAGCAGUUGCCUCAUUGCAAUUCACUAAAAGUGCUCAUGGGGGAGGAAAUGCAAUUCUUCAUUGAAGCAGCCACAGAGGAGGAAAAGAAGAAGAAAGUCUCCAAGAAGAUGGAAGAGAUCAAGCAGCCUUAUGUGCUUAACCCUCCCUUUUCUCCAUUUGCUCGGGUAUAGACUAAACCAGAUUGCUUGAUGAUGCAAAGUGGCUCUUUCCAAGAAACACAGAUUGAGUUUGGAUGGACUGGAAGUGAAAUGAAUAUUUAUUCAAAUACAACUGAAGGAUUACAAUUGCCUCAGUUUUUGGCCUAGGGUGACUCGUUCGUUAAAGUUUAGAGUUCUUGUGCAGCCUUCAAUAGCUUACGCCAUUAAGCUGAAUGGUUCACUUGAAUGAGCUGUCAAUUCUGCAGCAAGAGGCCAGAGGGUGAUUGUAUAUGAAGAUGACAGGAUCAUUAGAUGUGUAAUUUGAUUUGUUCUUCUAUCUCUACUAGUAGGAAUAGAAUAGGAAACUCAAUACUGUCCAUAAUAGAGAGGGAAAAGUACCAUUUUCAAUUGUUGAGAGAUAAGGGUUUUUGUUUUGGGGGGGGCGGGGGUUGGGGUCGUGGAUGUGGUGGGGUGGUCCUAUACUGUGUAUUAUACUGGGUAUAAGGUGCUAAGGGGAGUUAGACUCUGGGAGGGUAGUCUAGAAGCACUUGUUUACUAGUGAAUUUUGAGCAAGGUGGUUAAAAAUUCUAUAUCUCCAAAAUAAUAAAUUGUGGUUUAUCCCU